CCGAUAGUACCACGAGUAUAUAAGUAGUUGACAGUUGGAAUAUACUGGCAGUAUCAUCUUGGCUAUUACACUAGAUUUUUUCUGUGAAAACUUCCAGGAUUUGCAAUGAGCUUAAAGGCAGAAUCACCGGAAGUUAAAAAGAAAGCUGAAUAUCCGAAGGUAAUCUUCAUCAUUAUCAUGAACCAGUUUUGUGAAAAAUUUGCAUACUAUGGUAUGCGAGCAAUUUUGGCUCUGUACAUCAGAAACAAAUUGGGCUUCAGCGAUGAUACAUCUACGAUUAUUUUUCACACGUUUACAAUGACUGUGUUCACUUUUCCAUUGUUUGGUGCAUUAGUCGCCGAUUCAAUUCUUGGAAAAUUUCGGACUAUUUUUUACUUCAGUAUUAUCUAUGCUGUCGGUCAUCUACUUCUGUCCGUCAGUGCUGUUCCACCAUCAGGAUUACUAACGAGGGUAUUUUCGAUGACUGGAUUGUUUUUCAUGGCAUUGGGGGCGGGUGGAAUGAAACCAUGUACUGCUGCACUUGGUGGAGAUCAAUUUGUUCUUCCUGAACAACAGACAUAUCUCGCUACGUUCUUUUCGAUUUUCUACUUCUCGAUAAAUGCUGGUUUCCUUGUUUCUUCAUGUCUAACUCCAGAACUCCGGAGUAGUAUUGAAUGUUUUGGAGAUCAGGACUGUUACUUCGUUGCCUUCUUCGUUCCAAUGGUCUUCAUGUUGAUAGGAACAGUUGUAUUUGUUAUGGCCAAGCGGUUGUACAGAACAAAAAAACAAGAACGAACUGUCAUUCUGAGUGUCAUCAAAUGUAUUUCGCAUGCAAUCAGAAAAAAAAUCAACUCCCCAGCGACUAUGAAGCACGAACAUUGGCUUGAUUAUGCAGGCGAUGAAUACGAUUCAAGCUUAAUUAGUGACAUAAAAGAAACUCUGCGAGUGUUGAAAAUAUUUAUUCCUCUGCCACUUUUCUGGGCUCUCAACGAUCAACAAAGUUCACGAUGGACAUUCCAAGCUUCCAGAAUGGAUGGGCAAAUUGGAAAUUUCCAGCUGAAAUCAGAUCACAUGCAAGUCAUCAAUCCACUCCUGAUUAUCAUCAUCAUUCCAAUAUUUGAAUUAAGCUUUUAUCCCCUACUGGCAAAGUUCAAAUGUCUUGAUACACAAUUGAAGAAAUUAACAAUUGGUGGAAUGAUGGCUGCUGUUGCAUUUUUAUUUUCUUCUCUCGUAGAAUUAAAGCUGGAGACGACUUAUCCAGUUCUACCAACAAAUGGCUUGGCACAAGUGCGAAUUUUCAAUCCGAGAGAUUGUCAUUUACCGGUUGUAAUCAACAAUAAGUCUCUCGUGAUGGAGCCUUUCGGCCUCUGGGGAGACAAUUCUAUAGUUGUUAAAGGUAAUCAAUCAAUACCUUAUAUUGCUGAUUUUUCCCAAUGUGGGGGAGAAAAUAAAUCAGAAGGAUCCAUCACGAUUUUCGAGGCACAGGCGACCUCAUAUAUCCUGGAGUCAUCAACUCCUUACGCCUACAGGGAUUACGUCAACAAGACCAACAGUGGAAACCCCGCCAUCCGGGUGCUCAGCUACAAUGUCCACAGCUCCAAUGCCACCACAACAGUUGAAUUAUCAGGAGUGAACAGUGUUUUCGAGACAAAUCGAACGACAAUGGAUACAUCCCAAAUAACGCCAGUGAGUGUAUUGAAGCCCCAAACAUAUCAAGUCAGAGUUAAUGGACAAUUUGUAGACUCGAUAGACCUCAAACUCGGUGGGGUUUACACUUUGCAAACGUAUGUAACUGAUAAUGACACGAGGAUUGUUCUUACAACAGUUACUCCACCAAAUUCUGUUCACAUUGUGUGGCUUCUUCCUCAGUAUAUCGUUAUUACGAUUGCUGAAGUCAUGUUCGCUGUCGCAGGUUUGCAAUUUGCAUUCAGUGAAGCACCAUCGACGAUGAAGUCUAUCCUCGUAGCCGCUUGGUUGCUGACUUCAGCCGUUGGUAGUCUUAUUGUUGUUAUCAUCACAGGAGCAAAAAUAUUCGAACGACAGGCGUUCGAGUUUCUUCUCUUCGCGGGAUUGAUGUGUGCCGGCAUGUUGAUGUUAGCAAUAAUGGCAAAGUCCUAUCAGUAUAAAAAUUUCAGCAAUGAGCCUCAAACCAUCGUAUCCAAAGAUCCUAACGUGCCCACAGAAGAAGCAUGUAGUCAUGAAGAAACAAUUCCAGCUAGUGAUACUGUGGAAUUUAUUGCAAGAAAAUAUGAACUCGAUCCCUCAGAAUAGGACAUCGCCCAGGAAUAUUUUGCGAUAAUGGUCACCCCAAAAAUUAUUUUUCUUUUCCCGUUGGUGAAAUGUUUCUUUCAUACACAUUGUGACGAAAAAUAGUAGUCGAUACUCUCGGGAAAAGUCUUUAUAGACUCGUCGGGAGUCGU